AUGUUGGUUGAGUCUCGCAUCUUCUUCGUCCUCAUGGCCCUCGCAGUCGCCGUUUACUCCCUAUCAGCCCGCGCCGCUCAAGACCUCGCGUCGAAUGCGACGGAAUGCCUUUCGCCACGCACUAAGGAGUAUAGAAGUUUACCUGGGAUAAUCUGGAGUUGUCUCACUACCACGUUCUUGUGCAUCUGGGUGGCCCUCCAUCUCAACGUUCCCGAACCUGUGGACACCAGAGGCUUGGGUUACUUGACCCGAUUCAAAAUCUGGACAAAAUCGGUCCUCAGAUGCAACGUGGUGCCUAUCAUUGUCACAUUGGUGUUCCCCGAAUGGGUUCUGGGUAUGGCGAUUCUUCAGUUUACCAAAGCCACACGACUAGCAAAGGACAUUGGUGCCACCCGCCAGCAAGGGUUCUUCAUCAUCAUGGGCGGGUUUCAUCUCUUUGAGCGAGGUCAACAGUCAUCGUAUGAUGCGAAUGGAGAACAGGACGAAGAGUCAAACCACCUACUGUUCAGGAAAUCCGCGCUGGAAGCGGGAGACGGUCGACGUGAAUAUGCACCAAGCAAAAGGGCAACCAAAGCAGUUGAUGAGGAGUUUGGAAAGCCUAUCCACCCUCUUGAUGAAUUCGACGUCCGUCGUCUCAUCAAAGAUGAUAAACUUCUCCUCCCUACUCCGGCUGAGCUGCAGGACAAGUGCAAGAACGACGGACUCGCAAAGUUUCUUGUCAUAGUCCAAACUCUCUGGUUUAUCGCUCACUGCAUUGCGCGGAAAGUCAGUAACCUCCCACUCACGGAACUCGAGGUUGUUACCCUUGGUUAUACUCUCCUCACCGUGGCAAUGUACAUUGCAUGGUGGGACAAGCCGUAUCGGGUGACAUUCCCUGUGCGUGUGUACGAAACUCUUCCGGAGCGUACGGAAGAGCAGAAGAGGUUGAAGCAGGAGAUGGAAGAACACGGCCUUUUGAGUAGAGCCCUGGCGUAUGCAGUAGGCGUUCAGGGCGGAUACGUGGACCUACGGAGUCUGAAACAAGUCCCAAUGUUUCACUCUGGAUACAAUAAAGAUGAGGGUACUGCCGGCGAUCUCGUUGGCUUUUUGACCACAAUCAUUGUCGGGACAGUGUUUGGUGCUGUCCAUUUUCUUGCGUGGUCGUCACCUUUUCCGUCCCAUCACAUGCAAUUUCUCUGGCGAUUUGCGAGUAUCGUCAUGACUGCAGUGCCACCUGCAGCAAUCGUGGUCCUGUUCUCCGCAGUGGGAAUUGACAAGAUAUCUAGAAGCUUAGGCAUGGUGAUCAUGCUCCUCCAGUUUCUAUUAAUGCCCCUCUACUUUGUUGGAAGGGGAAUAACAAUUAUGCUUGCUUUAGUGACGCUUGGGACGCUCCCACUCGACGCAUAUCGAGACAUGGAAUGGUCUGACUUCUUCCCUCAUAUCUAA